CAUAAGCAAAAAAAAAUUCCUACAAAGCGACAACAACAAUGUAUCAGAAUACAAUUGAUAUGGCUACCGCUGCCACAACGCGGUCUCCAACUCAAUGGAGUCGUGAAGACGCAAAGAUUUUCGAAAGAGCUCUUUUGAUGGUACCGGAGAAUUCACCUAACCGGUGGGAGAAGAUGGCUGAAAAAGUUCCCGGUAAGUCGGCUGCAGAAGUGAAGGAUUACUAUCAAGAUUUGGUUCAUGAAAUUUCGGAAAUUGAAUCGGGUCGGGUUGAGAUUCCGAUUUAUCCUGAUGACUUGGAUGAAAGUGAUGACUUGGAUGAAAGUGAUGACUUGGCUGAAAGUGGUGGCAGUGGAUUGUUUGAUUCGAUGAAAGAAACACCAUGGACCGAAGAAGAACAAAGGUUGUUUCUUGCUGAGCUUGAGAAAUAUGAGAAAGAAGAUUGGUUCAAGAAGCGUAUCAAGAUAUUAUCUUGGGACAAGAACACACACGGGUAG